AUGUCAACAGGCAUGGAUCAACGUGAGCUUGAGUCAUGCAUCAAGCAGCUCAACAAGAUCGUCCAGGCAAACGAGCCUCCUGCGACCGCCUUAGCACUCCUUGAGCGUCUGAAGAAGGAGGCUGCUCCCACGGAAGAGAUGCUCAGGUCUAGCAGAGCUGGUGUCUUCGUUGGCAAGCUUCGGUCGAACUCGAACAAGGAAAUCGCCCGCGCCGCGACGGAACUCGUCCACAAAUGGAAGAAACUCGUCGAGGCCGAGAAGCAGGGCAAGAUAAAGAAGCAGUCGUCCCCCGCCGCUCCCUCCCCGACCCAGGCCCCCGCACCGAAGCCCUCUUCGUCGAAUGCGAUGAAUCAGCCUUUCAAAGGCAAUCCCGAGCUCCGUCGCGCCAAAUCCGAUGGCUGCGAUACCAAGCGUACCGGCGAUGAAACGCGCGACUCCUGUAUCGAGUUGAUCUACAACGGUCUCGCCUACCGGUCUACUGCCUCCGUCACCGAUGUUCUCGCCAAAGCCGUUGCCGUCGAGCACGCUGCGUUCAGCCACUACAAGGGUGUCACCAAGGAGUAUCGUGAGAAGCUACGCUCCCUGUUUAGCAAUCUUAAAGUCAAGAGCAACCGCCAGCUCGGUGUUAAUGUCAUGGAGGGCAAGAUCGCUCCUGAACGCUUCGUCGUCAUGACCCACGAGGAGCUCAAGUCGGAGGAACAGCGCAAAAAGGAAGACGCUCUUCAACUUGAGAACAUGAAGAAGGCACAGGUCCCCAUGGCCGAGAAGAGCAUCAGCGACGCUCUCAAGUGCGGCAAGUGUGGUCAGAAGAAGGUUAGCUACAGCCAGGCGCAGACGCGCAGCGCUGAUGAACCGAUGACAACAUUCUGCGAGUGCACUGUUUGCGGUAAUCGCUGGAAGUUCUCUUGA